CUAUUUUAUAUUUAAUCUAAAAAAAAGAAUCAAUCUUAAGAAAAUAAUUGAAGAUAUUUUAAAUAAUAUUUUAUAAAUAAGAUUGAAAAUUUUAUCUUUCAAAAAUAAUAUCUAUUAUCUUUAUCUUAAAUUAUUUUGACGAAGUAGUCAUUUUGGAAGUAUAUUUUAAUGAUCCAUUUAUAAGAUCUCAAGCAACGACCUCCUUCCUGACCUAGUGUCAAAGAACCUUGAGUUACACAGUAUCCAGGAAAUUGCGAAUAGUCACAGCUCCCAGGCUUCUCUAUUUCACUAACUUUCUAUCCAUAACAAACCUGAUCUCUAUUCGCAUGAAGCGUCCUUCAGAUAUUUAUAUUCACUAUAUAUAUAUAAUAUGCAUAAGAUAGAAUAUCCAGAAAAAAAAAUAUCUAUUGAAUAUAGAAUUAAUAUACGUUAUAAAUUUUUUAUUUAUUACAGACAUAUCAUAGAACAUAAAACAAAAUAUUUAGAGAACAUCUAUUUAAUCUAAAUCUAAAAGACAUUAUUUCAAUUGUUAGUUUUCAAUUUAUAUUAAGUUUUCUAUUUACAUAUUUAUUAGAAACAGUAUACCCAAGAAUGUGGGUAUCUAUUGAAUCCAAAAAAUAUUUCUUCAGCUGUAAGUCUAUCAAAGAUACAGUAUAGAUAUAUUAAAAUAGAGUAUUUAAAAGAAUAUCUAUUAUAUAUAAAAAUAUAUAUUAUAUAUUUAAGAAAAUAUUUAUCAAAUUCUUUCAAUUGCUUUCUAUAGCUUUUCUAUUUAUAUCAUACAUAUAUAGACCAGAAUAUUUAAGAAAGUAUCUAGCAAAUUCAAAAAACAUUUUUUAUAGAUUACUUAUUUAUCAUAAAAUUACUCUACGUAAACAGGAUACAUAGAUAUUUCUUCAACUUAGAGAUUUCCUAUUAUACAGACAUUCUCAUUAUAAAAUAGAACUAGAAAUUAAAAGAUGUUUCUUUAAUUAUAAUUCCUUUAUUUAUAUAAAUAGGAUAUUCAAAAGAACCACAAUAUCUUCAAUUGAUAUUUAUAAAUUUUUUAUCACAAUAUAAUUAGAAUCAAUGGAAUAUCCAAAUGAUAUUCUCUAGCUACAAGUCUCCCAUUCAUUAAAGAUACAUUCUACAUAGACAAAAUAUUCAAAAGAUUAUCCAAAAGUUAUCCAAAAGAUUGUCUUUUCAACUGAGACUUAUAUACAAGUAUAUACAAGUAUUCCAUUCAUAAGAAAGAUCAGAACUAUAUAUCCAGAAAUAUUCCUCCAAUUAUAAGUCCCCUAUUACAUAUGUAUGUACUUACAUACAUGACAAAUCAUUUAGUAGAUUAUCCACCGAACUUAGAAGGCGUUCCUUCCUCUAUCUAUCAUAGACAUACCGUUCAGAUAGGAUAGACUAGCCGAGAAAUAGAAUAAGAGAAAUAGAGGGGGAAACGUGGCGGAUUAUCCGUGGUGGCCGGCCCGAUCGAACCUAGAAAGGCGGUUGUUCUAAGGUUUCCACGCCGACUGUAGGAAGCCAGCCUGUGGACUGGCUCUCGAACCCGCCAGAGUGAGAAUCGUGAUUCGUGGAUCGUUAAAAGAUCAAGAAAAUCGACUUGUUCCACUCCUACCCCAUUAAUCUGGCCUCCUUCUACCCCGUAUGGAUCGGAACGAGAGCGCAAACGAGGGUGGAAGCUCGCCGGACACGGUAAUCGCGCGCUCCUCGUCCGAAGAGGAGCGGAAUAGGCUCGCGUGCAGCACUUCCGGCGAGUACGUGACUGUGGGCGAUAGCAGUUCCAGCCUGGACACGGUGACAAGCGUUGGCACGACCACCGUCUCGACCACCACCGACGCGACCGGCACAGAGGACAAGAAGAGGGGCAGAUUCGGCGCGUUGAAGAGCAGCUUCCGCAAAGAGGGUGGAUUGUUCAAGAUUAAGAAAAAGAACAGGCAGCUGGACGAGCCGGCUGCCGAGCUUCAGCCGGAUGUCGAGGAAAAAGAUUCCGAGCAGAAGUCACCUCGACCGGAAGCGCGGUGCAGCUCGACGCUUCCGUACGCAAUUUCAAAAUGGUCGGAGCAAAAGGCCUCGAGAUCAACUUCGAACGAGCCGACUAAGAAACCCAAAUUGAACACGAAAUCCGAAUCAGAGUCCAGUAUAUCUAGAUCCUCGGUCCGCGAAGUCAGGCGGAAGUUGUCAUUAUUGGAAGAGAAACGCGCAAUUUUUCAACGCCGUUUGUUCGAAAGUAAUCAGGACUCGGAUUCUGGCGAGACGGUGAUCGCUAUUACCAUUGACGACGAGAAAAAAACAUUGGCCAAAAAGGAGGAAAACCGUGUGGAACAGAGCAAGACGAAGAAGAAGGCCAGGCACAUCAGCGUGAAGAAGUUCGACACCUUUUCCACGUUUGAGGGGACGUUCGACGAGGAGACAGGGAUUGGUUAUCUGGCUGGUAUCGAGGAGGAUUACACGGAGAGUUACGAGAGACAACACGAUAAUUACGUGGCCAGCAUGGGGCCUAUGAUGGCCGACAACACGAUGGAGAAGAGCAAAGUCAACCAGGAGAGCAUGUCGUCACAGAAUAAUUCGCCUAAUGCCGGAUUAGGCGAGAAACGAGAACAUUUGUAUAAAAUUCUGGUAAUCGGCGAGUUGGGCGCCGGAAAGACAUCCAUCAUCAAGAGAUACGUCCAUCAAUUCUUUUCUCAACAUUAUCGCGCGACGAUUGGCGUCGACUUCGCAUUGAAAGUAUUGAACUGGGACCCGCACACUAUCAUAAGGUUACAGCUAUGGGAUAUUGCAGGUCAAGAAAGAUUCGGAAACAUGACGAGAGUAUAUUACAAAGAAGCAGUUGGCGCGUUCAUAGUGUUCGAUGUAACGAGAAGCGCGACUUUGGAUGCGGUGGUGAAAUGGAAACAAGAUUUAGACUCGAAAGUUCAACUUCCUGACGGUUCACCGAUCCCCUGCGUCCUUUUAGCGAACAAAUGUGAUCAGCAGAAAGAGGGCCUGGUGAAUUCGCCCGCGAAAAUGGACGAAUAUUGUAAAGAGAAGAACUUUGCCGGAUGGUUUGAAACUUCGGCCAAGGAGAACAUUAACAUCGAAGAGGCUGCACGAUUUCUCGUCAACAAAAUCCUCCAAAACGAUCAACUGAUGAAAGGAAACGGUUCACAGGACCAGACAGACGGUGAACGUUUCGCAUUAAAUCAAUCGCCGAAUAGUUCAAAAAAAUCUUGUUCCUGCUGACGAAUCGGUAACUUACCGAUAGCAGGAUCAUCGGAUCCGUUAUCGUUGUUCUGCCAUCACCGUAUAGCCAUCGGUGCCAUGACACGAAAAUACCAUUUCGAUUGCUCCAUGUCAACCGUUCUCGUUGUCGUUGGAUUUCAUUUCGAUCAUAUAAUCAACGUCCCAUUCGUGAAACAUACCUUAAUGGCGAGUAUUUCAUCGACCAUGGUCAUUUUUCAUGGGAUGUCGAUGAUUCUUCGUCGUUGGAUGAAAACUAACGAUAAAUCGUGUGUAGUUCUUCCACUUGACCUUUGUACAUAUAUACAAGCAUUUGUUGCGGGAUAAAUAACAUUGGUGGAAGUGGAGCUUGGAAUGCUGAGGAAUAGUAUAUUUAGCAGUUUGAAUUAUUAAUUUUGAAUUUUGUUAUAUUUGAGUUAUUGUUGAGUUUGUAAUUAUUAAUUUUAAAUUUUAUUUGAAUAAGAAUGAUUGUACAGAGUGUUACAGUAAUUUUGAUUCAAUCUGGAAAGGUGUGAUUCUAUAUAUCCAAAAUUUGUGGAAAAUGUAGAAUAUAAUUUUUUAUUAAAGAUCUCUUUUGAAAGAAAAUGUAUUUUGAAAACUUAUGUACAUGUGAAUUUAGUUAAAUCCGAAUUGGUUAUUGAUAUUCUACUACAUAAAAAUAAUUAUUAAUGUAAGAACAUUUUUUUCAUUUCAAAUAUUUUCACGAAAAUCGAAUUGAAAAUUUAAUAAAUAAUUAUGAAAUUAAAGAGAAAAAUAUUUUACAAAUAUUUAUAUAUAAAUUAUAUUAUAUAUAAAAUAGAAAAAACUUCAAGUGAAAAAAUUUUAUUAUUUAUUUAUAAUAUAUUUUUAUAUAUAGAAUCACUUUUUUUUGGUUAUAUCAUGCGUUUUGUUACAUUCUGAACUUAUUUAUUUUUAUCAUAUAUUAAAAAUGUACAUAUAAUUAUUUUUCUUACUCAUUAUAUGAUUCAUUAUAUGAUUAGUUAAAUGAUUAAUUCUGUUAAUAGUAAUUUAAUAGUGUUGUUUUUAUUAUGAAUAUUUCAAAUUAUUUAAAUAGAAUAUAAUUAUUUUUAUUCAGUUUAAUUAUAGAUUAAGUGUAAUACAUAUCUAGAAAAUUUUAUUUGAAAAAUUGAAAAAAGUAAAUUGAAAAUUUUUAAUGGAUUUCUCUUGUGCUCUAAAUUAAAUAUUUGGAUUAUAAAAUUAAAUUUUAGAUUUCAAAAAGAAUCAUUUUUAUUUUCCAUUUCUUAAUUUUAAACUAUUUUAACAUUUUUUUUUAUAUAUUUUAUUUAAAAUUCUUUUUAUAUCUUCUAUAUUCAUUUAUGUUUUUAAUUUGUUAUAUUAAUAUUAUUUUUAAUAAUCAUUUUUUUCUUCUAUAUUUUAAAAAUAAAAUAAUUUUAAUUCUUGAACAAAUUGAUCUCAGCAUUCUUAGCUUACAAUUUUAUAUUUAGACUUCCACCUGAAAAUAAAUGAAAGUGAUAAGAAGAUUGUAAAGCAACGAAUGACGAUGAAAGCUCGAAAGCUGAAAACUUUUAUUGGCAAUUUUAUUGUUAAAUAUUGAUCGAAAUCAAAUACUGCUUACUAAGACUCUUACCUUUGUUAAUACGAGAUUGCUGCGAUGAAUAAUCGAUAUAGUAUAUCUAUCACUAAUAAAAGAACGCUAUUCAAUGGAAAAUGGAAUUGAGAAAUUAUAUUAUAAAAUUAAUAUAAUAUAUAAUAUAAUAAUAUAAAAAAAUAUAAAUUAAGAAACUCGCUCAGUGAAAAUGUACAAAAGAAUUUUUUCUGAACGUGAUAUAAAUUCAGAAAAUGAGAGAAAAUUUUAUUAUAUUUUCCACAUACAAUUAUAUAAUACAUUUCUAUAUUUGAAAAAUGCGUUUUUAUUAGAGAUGGAUCUAAAUCUAAUUUUUAUGUUUAUUUUAUUUUCGAAUAUAUUUACAGAAUGCAAUUAUUUUAUUUUUUCUUUUUCUCGGAUAAAAAUCGAAAAAUUAAAAGUUUAACGAUUGUAAUUUUUAAAAUUCUUAAUAAAUCAAUAAUUAAAAUUUUUAAUAAACUAAUAAUAAUAUUUUUAAUUUGUAAAAAAUUAAAUAAAAAUAUUAAACAAAACUCGAAAUUUCUUGAAUUUCGAAGAUUUGAAAUUUCAAGAAUUCCCAUUCCUAAUCUUAACAAUUUUAGAAGUCAAUACGAUUCCAUAGUCCAAUCGAAUAGUAAUUUUUAAAAAAACCUGUGAAUACAUUCCUGCUCGAAUAUCGCGAUUCUUUGAUAUUAGAACAUUACGAGAAAUUGAAUUCUAUGUUUCGUUAUUGUUGUACAGUAUUGAACGUGAAAAUUUCAUCUGAAAGAAAAAUAGAAAAGGCUAUUAUGAAAGUAAGCUAUCAUUAGCUUAGAAAAAAAAAAAAGAACUAGAAAAACAUUGAAAGAAUUUGAGGGGUGGAAAAAGAACUAUUGAAAUACGAAAUUAUAAAAAUUAAAAAAAAUCAAGAAAUAAUGAUAUUUUUAUAAUAUAUUUAAUUCACAGAUUUUUUUAUUAAAUUUUUUAAUUGAAUUUAUGAGAAAUUAAAUUUAUAUUGAAUGAAAGAAAAAAUAUUAACGUUUGAAAAUAAAAUUAAGAUAAAUUUUAUUGAAA